GUCAGUGGGGAAGGAGGGAGCCGGCGAGCGAAGCCGCGGACGACGGCGCGAAGAUGGCGGCUUUCUCCGAGAUGGGUGUUAUGCCUGAGAUUGCUCAAGCUGUGGAAGAGAUGGAUUGGCUUCUUCCAACUGAUAUCCAGGCUGAAUCUAUCCCACUGAUCCUAGGAGGAGGUGAUGUACUGAUGGCUUUUAGUAUUCCAGUUAUCCAGAUAGUUUAUGAGACUCUGAAGGAUCAACAAGAAGGCAAAAAAGGAAAAACAACAAUUAAAACUGGUGGUUCAGUGCUUAACAAAUGGCAAAUGAACCCAUAUGAUAGAGGAUCUGCUUUUGCAAUUGGGUCAGAUGGUCUUUGUUGUCAAAGCAGAGAAGUAAAGGAAUGGCAUGGGUGUAGAGCUACUAAAGGAUUAAUGAAAGGGAAGCACUACUAUGAAGUAUCAUGUCAUGACCAAGGACUCUGCAGAGUUGGAUGGUCUUCUAUGCAGGCCUCAUUAGACCUAGGUACUGACAAGUUUGGAUUUGGCUUUGGUGGAACAGGAAAGAAAUCCCAUAACAAACAGUUUGAUAAUUAUGGAGAGGAAUUCACUAUGCAUGAUACCAUUGGAUGUUACCUAGAUAUAGACAAAGGGCAUGUCAAGUUCUCAAAAAAUGGAAAAGACCUUGGUCUGGCAUUUGAAAUACCACCACAUAUGAAAAACCAAGCCCUCUUUCCUGCCUGUGUUUUGAAGAAUGCUGAAUUAAAAUUUAACUUCGGUGAAGAAGAAUUUAAGUUUCCACCAAAAGAUGGUUUUGUUGCUCUUUCCAAGGCACCGGAUAGUUACGUUGUCAAAUCACAGCACACAGGUAAUGCACAGGUGUCACAAACUAAGUUUCUUCCAAAUGCUCCAAAAGCUCUCAUCGUUGAACCCUCUCGGGAGUUAGCUGAACAAACUUUGAAUAACAUCAAGCAGUUCAAGAAAUAUAUUGAUAAUCCUAAAUUAAGGGAGCUUCUGAUAAUUGGAGGUGUUGCAGCACGGGAUCAGCUCUCUGUUUUGGAUAAUGGGGUGGAUAUAGUCGUGGGCACUCCAGGAAGACUGGAUGAUUUGGUGUCAACUGGAAAGCUGAAUUUAUCUCAAGUUAGAUUCCUGGUCCUGGAUGAAGCUGAUGGGCUUCUUUCUCAAGGUUAUUCUGAUUUUAUAAAUAGGAUGCACAAUCAGAUUCCUCAGAUUACCUCUGAUGGAAAAAGACUUCAGGUGAUUGUUUGCUCUGCUACUUUGCAUUCUUUUGAUGUAAAGAAACUGUCUGAGAAGAUAAUGCAUUUUCCCACAUGGGUUGAUUUAAAAGGAGAAGAUUCUGUUCCAGAUACUGUACACCAUGUUGUUGUCCCAGUGAAUCCCAAAACUGACAGACUCUGGGAGAGGCUUGGAAAAAACCACAUUAGAACUGAUGACGUACAUGCAAAAGAUAACACAAGACCUGGAGCAAACAGUCCAGAAAUGUGGUCUGAAGCUAUUAAAAUCCUGAAGGGGGAGUAUGCUGUCCGGGCAAUCAAGGAACACAAGAUGGAUCAAGCAAUUAUCUUCUGUAGAACCAAAAUUGACUGUGAUAACUUGGAGCAGUAUUUUAUGCAACAAGGAGGAGGACCUGAUAAAAAAGGACACCAGUUCUCAUGUGUUUGUCUUCAUGGUGACAGAAAGCCUCAUGAGAGAAAGCAAAACUUGGAAAGAUUUAAGGUUUGGUACCAUGUAUGUAGCAACCGUGGAAAAGGGUGUUAUAACACAAGACUCAAGGAGGAUGGAGGCUGUACUAUAUGGUACAAUGAAAUGCAGUUGCUGUCUGAGAUAGAAGAACACCUGAACUGUACCAUUUCUCAGGUUGAGCCAGAUAUAAAGGUACCAGUGGAUGAAUUUGAUGGGAAAGUUACCUAUGGUCAAAAAAGGGCUGCUGGUGGCGGAAACUAUAAAGGCCAUGUGGAUAUUUUGGCACCUACCGUUCAAGAGUUGGCUGCCCUUGAAAAGGAGGCGCAGACAUCUUUCCUGCAUCUUGGCUACCUUCCUAACCAGCUGUUCAGAACCUUCUGAUUUUCACAUAUACUGAAUAAGAUUUGAGUAAUAAAAGUCUGUAGUCUUAAAGCUCUAAAACAGUUGUACUGCUUCCAAGCAGCAGUAUUUAUAGUAACUUAAGCUAUUAAUGCUAAUUCUUGCAUGUCAGGAAACAUUAGUCUUAGGAAUUCUUUAUAAAAUGGCAGCCUGAUGACAAUAAAUUUGAUGACUAUAUUUUCAUGAAGGUUUAUGUCUUAAAGUUAUACUGAUUAUAUGUAUUUCUUUUUAAAGAACGCUAUGGGCUUAUGAAAUAAAGUUUAUGGAUAUGUGAA